ACAAACAACAGAGAUUAGUUGAAAAUAAAUUCUCGAAUUGUGCACGUUAUACCAGCGAGAUGCUUCGCAAUAAAAUUAAUUUUGUUUCGCUUGUGUGGUGUAUUGUGUUAUAUGGACCUUUGCAAAGAGUCAUUACCGCCGAACCGUUGUCCAAUGAUGACGUAAUGGUGAUAGAAGGUCGUACCAUUCACAGUUCGCAUAUUAAGCUUCUGCUAGCCGACCGAAAUAUAACGAAAAUUUACGUCUACCUUACGGACACAUUUCAUGUCGAUGCUAAUUUGGAGUUGAAUGGAAUCGAAGAAAUUCAAAUCUUCGCCAAUCUAUGGAAUAUAACGAUGCCCGUGACAUUCGACUUAAGUGGCACGGAUGGUGCGAGUCAGCAGGAAUCAGCAGUCAACGGAUCGGCAGGCUAUGCCGGCAAUGAUGGAACGGCGGGCGGUAAUUUUUUCGGACUGACAGGGGAAAUAAUCAACGGCGACUAUUUAACGGUUAGAUCAAACGGUGGAAACGGUGCUGCUGGUCAAAAUGGUUCCGGAAGUGAUGACGUUUAUGUUUUGUUAAAUGUCGAUGAUGGCAGCGGCGAAAGUGGUUGGUUUAGUAGCGGCGAUAUAUUGAGUUAUUACAAAAAGUAUUUUAGUGAUAGAGGAUACGACGCAGAAAUUAGUGACGUUGACGAUCACACAUCUCUCUAUGCGGUCUUUGUGCAUAAUCGAAAUAUUAAUUUCACCGUUGAAUUGCAUCCGAAAAAAUGUUGCGGAUCGACUGGAAUCGGGGGAGUAGGAGGACUCGGCGGUCGAAGAGGCGAGUUGCGUUUCUAUCAUAUUGGCAACAACAAAUCGCAAUCGACACCCAGGCUCGUAGCAUAUGAUGGAAACAUUGGGAAGCAGGGCAAGGAUGGCAGAACUUGCGAAAGUCUAGCCCUCAACAUUCGCAUUGACGCUAAGCUGCAAAAAGCUAUUUUCAUUUUUGUUCCCCUGCAUCACUCCUUCUCAAGCCAAGUUACUAUCCUUAAUCACACCAGUAGUUCGAGAUGUGAACCGUUGUACCUAACAACAUUCUCAUCAGAUCCAAGCGAACCCAAUGAAAUCGAUUUUUCCUCUGCGAUUCUUCGGUUUAAGCGAUUUUUGCUUAAAAAUAUGAAAAAUGACGAUGCGUCCCAAGCGGCCAUCGUCCAGGAGACAUAUAAAGCCAUGGACAUCGAUAACAGAAUAAAUUACGAAAAUUCGUUAAAUGGACUGUUGAUGGAGGCGGUGGAAUUGGAGAAAAUUUACUUUGAGCUCGAAAGUUCUAUUGAUGUAACGUCACUGUACGAACGUUUACUGCAUCGAGUCGAACGUGUGAUGCUAAAACAUGCAAACAAAGACGACGAACGAUCACUAACGCAUCUCCGAUUCAUUUUAUACUUAAAAUUGGAUGACAUGAGAGCAUUGUCCGAUACCACACUCUUUGUGAAUCUGGAACAAUUCACCAAAACCGUGGCCUCCAGAAUUGAAUUAGCAUAUCGUUUGGUCUCACCAAUUAAGGACGUAAAUGAUGCAGAGUCGCAAACUAAUCUGAACCAACUGCUGUACAACGUACACCAAAAUUCUUUCCUCGACCAAUACCAUCAGGCCAUCGAAUGGUUCCGUUUCAUUUACUUCCCUUUCGCUGCUAGUUAUUUAGAAAAUUAUCGUCUACCUGCAUCACCGUCGGCUUAUGCCGAUUUGAAUGCCAUUGUGUCAAUGACGACCUCACAUCUAAACACAUUAAGUCAGGACAUUAAGAACAUCGAUUGGAACAACUCCGGAAUUAUGUUGAACCUCAACCAUACUUACUUAACCGAUCCACAAAACGCCCUCUAUAUAUGGAGGAAUGCAGAUGUUCGAAACGAGAUACGGCAAUUAUUCACAGGGAGGAAGGUCACAUUGCUAGCCGAUGUAAGGACAAGUCGAUUCAACGCGUUUAAAUUCAAUACAAUCGACGUAGUGUUCCGAUCGUCCGAACAAACAGUUAACGAUCGGUUGAAGAAGGUACUAAGCUCAUUCCAGUUGAACUUGAAUCACACCGGCCGUUCAUCAUUUCGAUGCAACACCAAUUUCUAUCAAAUAGACAGCAAGCCAACAUUUCUAAUUUCGCGUUUCGCCGAAGAUCGAACUCAAGAGUCUCGCAAUGACGUCACCGAUAAAUUGCGAAAUAAUUAUCCCAUCCUCAGUCCGUUUACUUUGUGGGAGCUUCAGUUAGUUGAAAACGAUAAAAGCGUUCCACUCUUAGACGCAAUAGCUCAGUUCAGAGAGUUGGAUAUUGAUAUUGAAUUGCACGUCACUGGAACGUAUAUCGAGGAGCAAGUUCCGAUCUGUGAUAAUGAAAAUUUGGCAAAAUUGUAUACGCCAAUUUAAGGUGAGCGAAGGUUUUAACCAUACGACAAGCAUAAUCAUGUAUAAUAGUAUCGAAUCUAGUACUUCAUUCGAUCUCAACUUCUGAAAUAAAAUGUUUGUUGAUGCCACAUUUGAGUAAAUAAGAUU